ACAGAGGGAUUGGGCCGCCGGGACGUCACGUGGACCGGGGCCGGAUAAUGGCGGGCGCUGCAGAAGAUGCGCGAGCUCUUUUCCGGGCUGGGGUCUGCGCGGCCCUGGAGGCCUGGCCGGCCUUGCAGAUCGCUGUGGAGAAUGGCUUCGGGGGUGUGCACAGCCAGGAGAAGGCGAAGUGGCUGGGGGGUGCGGUGGAGGAUUACUUCAUGCGCAAUGGUGAGUGAAUGUGAGGCGCUGCGACCCGCCUGUGUGGGGGUGUGGAGAGGAGCCCCAUCCUGCAGAGCCUGCAUUUCCUCUCAAGCAGUUGUGCAUUGGUACCUAAAGCUGACUUGGAGCUAGAUGAGGUGGAAGACUUCCUUGGAGAGCUGUUGACCAAUGAGUUUGAUACAGUCGUGGAAGAUGGGAGUCUGCCGCAGGUGAGCCAGCAACUGCAGACCAUGUUCCACCACUUCCAGAGGGGUGACGGGGCUGCUCUGAGGGAGAUGGCCUCUCGCAUCACUCAAAGAAAAUGCAAGGUCACAGCCACUGCACUUAAGACAGCUAAAGAGACUGAUGAGGAUGAAGAUGAUGUGGACAGUGUGGAAGAGAUGGAGGUCACAGCUACGAAUGAUGGGGCUGCUACAGAUGGGGUCUGCUCCCAGCCUGAACCCUCUGAUCCAGACGCUCAGACUAUUAAGGAAGAGGAUAUAGUGGAAGAUGGCUGGACCAUUGUCCGGAGAAAAAAAUGAGUGGGGAUGGUUGGAAAUGGCUUUGGGCCCUUAUUUGCUAGUUCUGAGAGUUGUCUGUAGGGUUUUUUUUUUUUUUUUUUUUUGAGGAUUGUAGACCUGUGGACUGGUUACCCCGUCUCUACCCUCUCCCCUGUUCCCCUGUCUAGCUCCCUCCAGGGCAAGGAAACCCUAGGGUCCUUGGUCUUGGGGGUGGGGGGACCUUGUUCAGCACAUUCCCUUGGGCCUUUAGUUAACAUCUGAAUGACGAAGCCGGGUUCCCCAGUACAGUGUCUUUUGGGUGCAGUCAUUGUGAGGAAGGGGAUGAGUGAGUGUGGGUGUGGCUGGAGGAGGAUCUAGAUGCCAGUGGACAGUGGGCAGGUGGAUUUGGGGAGGAGAGGACCAGCAGCAGCAGCAGUACUCAGUGAUGGGGGCUGGCUGGGUCAGGAGUGGUGAGAUGAACACGCAAAUGGAAGGGAGAAUAGGUGAAGAUGUGAACGAAAGUAGCUCUGGAGCCUUUCCCGUACCCCACCCCCCACACAUGCAACAGCUGUGUACCCCUGCCCAGAACUUGGAACCUCCCAGGAAUGCUGCCUUCCUGCAGCCCAGCCUCCAGCCCUGGGUUCCCUCAGGAAUUCGAAGACCUUGGCUGGGUGGUGAGCUUGGAAGAGCUGGGCUUUGUUUUCUGUCUCCUGUAACCUCUUUCCUUACUCCUUAUCCCAUCCCAUUUGAGUUCAGGGGUGAGGCUUAAGAUCUUAAUAAAUAAUACCUUACUGCUUAACCUGUGGCUUGACCUGUGAGGGGUAGCCUUCGAAUCCGCCUUCUGGGAGCUGAGCUUCAGAGUUUACAAGGGAGCGGUUUUCUGAGCCCACCCUAGCAGCCUGGUACUUUGGACAACCAAACAGAUGGACGAACGGAGCACAGCAGUGCUAUGAAAGUUACUGUAAGCCUGAAAUAAACUGUAUUUUUCUUUAAAAAAAAAAA